UAAAGAUGCUCUCUGCUGGACUGGAGAAUCCACACUGUUCAGUGGAGAAACUGAGGAUGAAUUACUGCAGUAUUACAGAUGAAGGUUGUGCUGCUCUGGCUUCUGCUCUGAGGUCAAACUCCUCAUCACACCUGAGAGAACUGGAUCUGUUUGGUAAUAAUCCAGGAGAAUCAGGAGUGAAGCUGCUCUCUGAUCUACUGAAGGAUCCACACUGUAAACUGGAGACACUACAGUGAGUUACUGUCUCUUUACUCUACUAGAUUGUAUUAUAUUGAAUAAUAUGCAUUGUGUGCUAUGUAAUAUUAUC